GGCUUAGUCCUUGCGCCUGUGUCUUCUUCUUCUUCCGGUUCAAGUGAAGUACCUCUGUGGAGUAUUGUUGCACUGUCGGUUAAAAUUUGUGCGUGCGCCCCAGCCUGGAUACUCUGUAAUACUAAAAUCUUUCCGAGUCUCAGUCUGUCUUCAAGAGUGACAAGACUGUCUAAUGUCAUAUUCGUAAUGAGUGUCUUGUAGUCGUUUUUGUUUAUAUGUGAAGUUAUUGCCGGUUGUCUUGUGUGUUAAAUGAGAAGGCUUUGAUCACUGACAAAAAGCCAACACUAGGUAAUGUUUGUAAGCGACCACUAAAUGGAUGACGACACCAACUUGCUUGACAGAGUGAUAAUCUUUCCCUUUUCAGCAAGAUUGGCAUCCAAGACCUAGUCUUGGAUAGGAAUCAAGUGAACCAUGUUCACCCGGCCUAAGACUGGUGAAUCUGAAGAAGAUUUGCUAAAAUUUCAGGAGGACUUCUUAGCAAAUCGCAUUAAUCCAGCUGCAUUGGCUGUGAAGGCUGGAGAAGCAAAGAGAAAGUACCAGCCACCAAGAGAUGUUGUGUCUCUCGAUGAAAAACCUGGAGGAACCAUUCCACCUCCUGUGAAGAAGUCCAAAUUUCAACAGCAGCGACAGAAAGGAAGGGUUGUCAGUUUUGAAGAGGACGACCCAGAGGAGAGAUUAGAAAAGCACGAUCGACAUAUAACAAAAGUUCUUUCAGAAAUUGUGGAGCGAGAUAAUCGUGACGUUGUCAUUCAACAGCCAAGACAAUGUGCAGGAGCUCAUGGAUUUCCGUCUGUUUUUCAUGUCAAAGCCCAGGCACAGAAUGCAACUGGCACUAGGAAGAAAAGUUUGUUCGCUCAGCAGAUUUCUAAGAUGUCCCCUAAAGAUCUUGGAGUGAGUUCAUUACCUCCUGAACGAAAGGACGUUACACAACUAAUGGAGACAGAUGCAUCCGGCAGUGAUCAUGAUGGUAGUCAAGCCAAGUCCUCAGACGAAACAUCAAAAAUAAAUCAGGAAAAUGCCAUGAAGCUGAGUCAGAUGACAGAAGAUGAGAUACUUGAAGAACAGAAACAUAUACUAGAAAUGCUUGAUCCCAAAAUGGUUGCAUUCCUGAAAUCUAAGCAAAAGGUUCCGCAGAGUUCAGGUCCCGCAGCUGCAGCCACAGAACCGAAGCAAACUGAAAAACAACAAAAUGCAAGCCAUAUAAAAGAAUCACCCAAACUCUCACUUUCACAUUCUGCGGAGGAUUUACCAGUGAAACCUAAGAAAAACUGGAUGAAUAUGGAUAAGAUUGAAUACGACAAGUUGGAAUGGAUGAAAGAGUUGCCAAAGCCGUCGGCUGACUCAGAGAAAGGUCAACAAGCCAGGUUUGAUUUCCAUGGCCAGGUGGUUGGUGCCAACAUUGAUCUCCCUGUGCACAUGGGUCUUCAUCACCAUGGAGAAGAACCAGAACGUGCUGGAUAUACUUUGGACGAGAUCUUCACGCUGUGUCGCAGCACUGUCGCGCAACAGAGAGUUCUUGCCCUUCAAGUUCUGGUCAGAAUAUUGAGGAACGCCAAACAAGGUUUAUUCAUCCAAUGCCUGAUGAAGCCGCUAAUCCCGACACUCCUUGAAUCUGGGCUAGUCUUCUUGCUGCGAUGGGCCCUUGAUGAUAGUCUCGAGCAAGUUCAACAUGCUGCCGUCCAUGCCAUUCAUGCCCUAGUUGUUGAUUCUAAUGAUCUGGAUGGUCUGGACAAAGUGUUCAGUUGGCAUCAGGGGUACGAAGUCGCCAUGUUUUCACCAAUGAUUGAGGAGGAGUUGUCUGAAGUUGCAGACGAAAAACUUCAAAAGACUGAUGCAGAAAUAGUCAAGGAGGACUUAAUCAAGGGGCUAUACCAAAUGAACUUGCUGGAGAGGCUGCGGUACAUACUUGAAGUGUGCAAGCCACCGAUUGUGGUCGUCAGCGAUGCUUUGGAGAUCAUCACGAGGAUUGCGCAACAUUCUCCAGAAGCUGCUUAUCAGGUUUAUCAGUGCCCUCGAUUACUCGAGACGAUUUUCAGAGAGUUCCUGCCAACUUUGUGGGAGACAGAGUCCUCCCUGGUGUCCCUGAGAUACGGUUGCCCUUUGUCGACAGCUAUGAAGCUCAUGAGGACAAUCUGCCAAGCUGGCAGGAAUAUGGCGGCACUAUUGAUUUCCAAGUAUGGACUGAUGGAAUGUAUCACAAGAUAUAUUGCUGUUCAACCAAGAGAUCUCGGUCUUCCUCUUCAAGAGGCUUAUCAGUUGAACACUGAGUGCUUUCGUACAUGGAGUGUUUGCAUGCGGUACAGUCUCGCCACGGACAGAUUCAGCGACCUCUAUCCAAUGCUGAUGAAAACAUUGAUGCAGGUCCACAUGAGCACACUGACUACAGACUGUGAUGAAUGUGAGAUAAAAAAAGCUGUGGCACUUAUAGGAUUCCUUGAGGCUGCCAUGUUGACAGCUGCUGCUGGUACAGCUCUCUUACAGAAAAUAUCCCACCAGCCGAAUGAGGAAGUCCCAGCGCCGCCUGCCAUAAAAUGGAGUGACAUCAUGGGGAUACUUCAGCCAAUUGAAAUCUGUGCAAAUAAACACAUGCAGCUGUUUGUGGAAGCAUAUGAAGAGAAGAGGAAGCCACCAGCUGUUCUCUCUGCUUGCCUACAUUUCAUGGCGUCUUACUUCUCCAAGUGCCAGCAGCAGCCCGGCUACAAUGCAGUGGAGUGUUGCACGUACAUGGAGACAAUGUCAUCAAGUUUGCUGCUACCAUUACUGAAGUCAACAUCAUUUCGUUUGGUCUUGGUAGCUCUCAGAAAACAUUCCAAUUUGUUGAGUGCAGAGACCAUCGCCCUGAAGGAAACUCCAGCAAGUUUGCCUGGCGCUGGAUCAGUUGUUCAACCAGUGGACCCAAAUCAGGUGGAGGCGGGGACCCAUCGUCAAUGUCCAGUCAUUAGCGAUGGAAGCCCGAUGAACUUCCUUACGGCUCUGAUCAGAGUUGUCUAUCAUGCUGGGCAGCUGCAUCGAGGAAUCACUGAACAGUUGUAUUCUCGGAUCCUGCAAAAUGAUGAAGUGACGCAGUAUUUCAGGAGAAUAUGUGUGUCUGGCCCUUCCAAUCUGGCCUUCAGUUUCUUCACCAAGUUUGAGAAUCUACUCCAGUAUUACCUCCUGAAGAUGGCGGUUCCACAGAGGCUCGGUGAUAUGAAGCUUCUCCACCAGAUGGCACUCCAGCUGUUCGCCCGACUUCACCAGGGAGACGAACAUCUUGGACAUGAUCUUCUGUCCAACAUCAUCUUCAACAAAGAUUUCAUCAUCCAUGGUGACCUUGACCUGCUAGACAUCGAGCAUCUGAAGCUUUCCGAGGUCAAGCAGCUUGGUAGUGCCACCCAGGAGGACGUCAACUUGAGCGAGAAACAACUACUUCAGGAUGCGACAAGUAAUUUAGCUAGUAUCCGUGGCACGUACCUCAAAUCAUUUGGUGGGACUUUUAAUCAAUUGAUGAAAUCAAGGAGUCGAGCCUUGCACAUAAGUCAUGAAAUCAACAGCUUGACCACUGCCCCUGUUGGCCAAGCGCUCACCCCUAAAGACUGGAUGUUCUACCCUAUCAUAGCCUUGUAUCAGAGGACAGAGAAACUGGACCGUGGUUCUCUCUCAGAUCAAGUUUCACCUGCAGACAUUGGUACGAUAGCAGACAUGUUGAAAUGGGUACUCCUACUUGAAUGUUUGCGGCCUUCCGUCGUUGAUGUGGUGACCAUCACGACAAGAAUAACUCGACUUCUGUGCUGUUUCAUUGCCGGUAGUGACCUCUUCCUGGAGUUACCGGUGCACUGUUACCUGUGUGCCCUGCUUAGGAAGUAUUGUACCCCGGCCAGACUGGCCAAGAUCAACUUUGAAGAGGAUAUCCCUGGACUGGCAUCUUUCUAUGACAUGUUCAGUUACGUGCUGCAACAGUUUGAGGCUGUUUCGUUUGGUGAUUCGUUAUUCAGCUGUUUCAUCUUACUGCCACUGCAGCAGUGCCACCAGCUCAAGUACAGAAAGUCCGUCUGGAGCGAGUUCCCUGCGAUCUUGAGAACUCUGUUCAUCCCAAUAAAAGAGCUCUUACUGCCAUUGCCCAGCUUCAUGGAGCCGGAGGAGACCCAUCCAGAGAUGCUACGUCUCUACAGCCAAGCCCUACUCGCCGGUGCCGUCAGACACACGUGGUCACCCAUCAUGUACACUAUCGCUGUGCACCAUCUCAAUCGAUUCAUCUACAAUGGCGAUACAAAACACAAGAAUCUGCAAAGUAUGGUUACAGAGCAGAUAAUGCACUGCAGGAAUGAAGUAUUAAAGAAACACGUCCUAUUCUACAUGAAAUACACUGAGGAACGUGACCUUGGCUUCACAAUGUACGAGGAACUGCCCUCAAAUAGACAGAAGGUGCUGGAAAGGUUCACCAAGGAACUCAGUUCUUCAUGAGGAUAGGAGACGAAUUGAUUGUGUUAUGCAUCCAAUAGAUGUCAAACUCUUUCUAGAAGCUGCCAGUUAAAGUGACUUUCUCCCCUAUGCAAAUACAUUAUUCAAGUUGUUCGAUGUGAAAAUGUAUCUGUGACUGCCUGACAUUCAAUAAUAGAACAAGAUAAGGCCAUUAUGACCUCUUUUGUUUUGGAAAAUGUAACAUGUAAUGUGAGGUGAAUUUGCAUUGUAAAUACAUGAAA